CCCCGUCACGGGCGGGACAAAGCACUUGCUCCCGGUCUUCGAGGCGAACCGUUGUGUCCGUGUUGGACGGAGCAUAACGCUUAAAGAGGAGGAAAGUGAUUUUUCAAAUCAAGUACAUCUUAUAUUUCUCAUCAGUAACAGGAGGUAUCCUGCCACCUCGUGCUUUUCCUCAGCUUGGGAAAAGAGUUUCGCUCGGAGCGACACGAUCAGCGGUUCCCAGCUCCGGAUAUUUUCCCACUAUGUUCGAUAAGCAGCACUACGAAAGUCCUCCGGUCUACAGUCCUCCGUUCACAUCACCCUCCAACAAUGGCUUUGGCACGAAGGGAAGCCUUCAUGGUCCCCCAAGCGACUUCAAUGCCUACCCACCGCCGCCCGGCUCCUACUACAUUGAGGACAAACCGCAGUAUUUCUACAAGUGGCUGUCGCCUCCUGGUAUCAUCAAGGCCAUGAUGGGGACGGUCAUCAUUCUGUGUGUGGCCAUCUUUGCUUGUGUUGCCUCCACUCUCAUGUGGGACUACCAAUACGGAUACGGGAUGGGAGGUGGAUAUUACGGAUCGGGGAUGGGAUACGGUGGAGGUUACGGGGGUGGAUUUGGUGGGGGGUAUGGAAGUGGAAGCUACAAUCCUGGAUACAAUAAUUACUAUGGAUCCUACAUUUCACCUUACUCCGCCAAAUCCGCCAUGAUCGCCAUGGCCGCAGUCAACUUCAUUGUGGCGCUAUCAUGCUUCAUCGCCACAUUCUCCAAGUCCCCAGCUGUCCGCACUCGAAAGUUCUUCCUGGUUAUUCUCAUCAUCUGUGUCAUCAUGAGCUUCAUGCAGGGCAUCAUCACUAUCGUCUACAUCGUAGGGGUGAACCCGAUGGCCCAAGGGUCCUCCAAUAUGAUGUACAAUCCCAUGCUGAUGAUGUGCCAGAACCUUUACCAAACAGGAUAUUCCCAGAUGGGAGGAGUGGGCGGGUUCCCUAUAUACAACCAGUACUUGUACCAUUACUGCUACGUGGAUCCUCAAGAGGGAGUUGCUAUGGUGUGUGGAUUCCUGGUAGUCAUAGCAUUGGCUGUUGCCUCUUUCUACGCACACAAAACCAGAGGGAAGAUCUGGCGCUACGGCAAACCAAACAUCUACUGGGACCAGCCCCUGAUUGGUGGGAAGGCUUCAGAGGGCAGAGAUGUUGAGGAAUGGGUGAACAAUGUGGAGGAAAACAACAGCAUUCAGGACGCACCGACCCUGCUGGUGUCCGAAAAAGGAGGAGGACAUCUCAACGCCUCCAUGAACAGCGUCAUUUCUUACCCUCCAGCCAAAGCAGACAGUAGCUCUUACAAUGGCGACGCCUUUGAAAACAACCAAUUCUCGGAUCGAACCACCAGCCGACCAUCUGAGGUGUACUCCCACGAAGGAAGGACCAGCUCCAGUCCGUCAGAGGAGGCCAGCGGUGGCCGUAAACCGUCCGCUAACAGAGGAAAGAGGCGCCGGAGAAACCCUGACUUUGAUGAGUCCCAGUAUGAGACCGAGUACACUACUGGAGGAGAGACUGGGAAUGAGCUGGACGUGGAAGAGUGGGAGAGCAUGUAUCCUGAGAUCAGAUCGGAUGCUCAGCGUCAUGACUACAAGAAGGAGUUUGACGCCGACCUGAAGGAUUACAAGCGUCUGUGUGCAGACAUGGACGACAUUAACGACCAGCUAAACAAGCUCAGCAGGCAGCUGGACACCCUGGAUGACUCGUCAGCCAAAUAUCAGGUGGUAGCAGAGGAAUAUAAUCAACUGAAGGAUCUUAAGCAGACUCAAGAGUACCAGGCCAAAAAGAAAGAAUGUCGCCGACUGAGAUACAAACUGUUCCACAUCAAACGCAUGGUCAAGAACUACGACAAGACCCACUAAUGAAUCCAGUGACCCUCACCUGCAGAACAUGGCCCACUGAACACAUCGACAUGCUUCAGACGUUCUGAGACCAAAGUUUGCUGCCCUGGAAGCAUUUUACACAGACACACAGGUUUGUCGCACGCUGUCUUAUAGGGGCCGCUCAUUGCCAUAAUGCUUCCCACAGCCUCUCAACCUAAACUUAACCAUCCAAAGCAAAUGGCUAACUUUAACUAGAUUGCUGAACCAAACUUACACCCACUUAUAAUGACCCUGUUAUUUUGAAGUUUUAAUCCUCAAAUUGAGGCUUUAGUUUGUGUGCUCUGGCAAAAGGGCCCCACAAAUCAAAGGGUCCUCACAAGCAGGUGUGUUUCCAAGAAGUGGUGUGUUUCCCCACAAGUAUAGCUAUACAAUACACAUACACAUACAAUCUCACACACACAGUAUACACACACAGGGAACUGACAAUUGAUGCAAAAGAUCCAUCUGUAACUUCUAAUUCAGGUUUCCCCCGAUUUUGUGAAAGAAAAAGAAAGAAGUCAGAAAACUACUCAUUUGUAUGGCUCUUAUGUCACUGUGGCUAAAGAGUGUAGAAAAAAACCGUCUGUGAUAACCCCACACUGUUUCUUUCAUUCUGUUUGUUCUGUUCCUUGACCUCAAUUGUUUUAUCUCCCCAGAUAAGGCAACACUGUUAGGAAGUGGGUCAAAUAGGAGUGCAAGUGGGCAAAUAAGUCAUUUGUUGGUAGCCUGGGUCACAAAUGUUCUGUGGUUCUCACCUCUCUGUGUGUUUGUUUGACACUCCACACUUACCCCUGCAAAUGCUUUGAGACAAGUUGUAUUGUGUGCUCUCUAAAGAUGUCACAAGACUUAUUGCAGAGUUGUUAUCACUCAGAACAAAUUUGAUAUUACUUUGUGUGUUUCAUUGUUUUUUUAUUUUUAUUUUUUGCGCAGGGACGUUUAAUAAAUCAAUCUGAUUUUGAAAUGUUAAAAUCACAUUUCAUAUUUCACAAGAUCAGUUUUCUUUCUGCUUUUUUUUUGCAUUUUAUGACCAAUUACUUACCUGCUGAUUCCAUUUGUGGUCUUGAUUUAAAAAAAAGAAACAUCAGAAUCAGUAUUUUCCCAGAUUUCUUCACGUUUCUUCUGAUGUGUAUGUACUGUUUGAUAAACCAUCUGCGAGCCAUUUAUUUUUGUACGAAUGUAUUUCGUUUGACGCUGUUUUUGUAACUACACUUCCACAAGUAUGUCUUAAAAGUAUUGGUUCUUUUUCGCAAUAAACAUU